AUGCGUCUCGAUAAUCUAACUAUCGACGAAGUCAAUAGGGCGUAUCCGGAUGUACUGUAUCCAAGCAGAACAAUGCUCUUCGGCGCUGCAUCAUGUUUGCUCGGAUGGAUACGGAUACUGAAAAAGCGAGGUUACUUGGGUACAACAUUCGUGGGAAUAACAGGAGGGCUUGCUGUCAUGCGUUAUUGUCCCGAUCGUUUGCCCAGCAUUGCUCCUGCUAGGAAUGAAGAUAUUGACGUCGUCCUGGACUUAGGAGAUUCGACCCUGGAAGACCUCAUGAAUGCACUGCACUGGCAUGACUCGCAGCACUUCAUCAAACACCGUGAAACGCUUUAUAUGUGGACAGCAAGAGGCAAACUGAGGAUCGACUUCAAGGUGAUCCCGUCGGACAGAAAAUUAAAAGGAAUGCAGAGUCUGUACGAUCUUCUUCCGCCAUAUCUACCGUUCGUUAACAAGAUAGAUCUCAUGACGUCUAAAAUGUACGACACCCACCCUGAUUUUUUACCCUCCUCAUCUUGGGAAGAGCUUGAUACCGCAAGAGGUAUUCACCAUGGGACAGAUGCGCUUCGACUGGCUCUGCUAUUCGAUCCGGGAAAAAGGAUCACAGUCACUGCGAGGCAAGCUUUGCGGGUAACGAGGGCCUCCCUAGGUAUAGAGUAUUAUACCGGCAUUUCAGGUUUUGAGUGGCUUAAAUUGUUCCUCGUCUGCACCGAAGACAAUGAAGGUCGUCCGGCUGAGGUUCGGAAUCUGGAGGACGCUUUCUUGGGGAUGGAAUUGCGCAACGAUUUCGGACCACAAGUACCAGAUUCGUGGUACCACUAG